AUGUGGCGGCGCUCUCGGUUUCUCCGUGGUUCUACAAACCGUUACACCGAUGGGUCGGGGCGGCGUCUCGACUCGUCCAACAUUCCCAGUGAUUUGGACCUACAACCGAUAAGCAACCGCGCGUAUCCCGUACGAGGGGAACACUGGCAGCCCGUGUUGGUAGGAGAGCCGUCUCCCCACAAGGGGAACGUCAUUGUGUCCGGUGCUGGUACCGUUGGCAUGGCAACUGCGGCUAUUUUCGCACUGCGUGGAUGGCACGCUACAGUUGUGGAACGGCAACCUUCCGUCUUACGGAUGCAAAGUGCUACAAGCGAGGGGGGUGAGAUCCUUUCAUCAUACUAUGGCAGCCUAUCGGCUGGGCUGCAGCACGCACUCAUUACACGACGUGCAGCCGAUGCGCUGCAGGCUGCCGGAUUACGGGUUAGCGCCUUCAGACACUGUGGUGUGCCUGUUACGGGCGUGCUAGAUCACCCUGGGGCAUACAACAGCUGGUUCACCAGGGGCCUUGUUGAGCAUCACCCGUUCGCGGUUAAGAUGCUUUCUGUAAACUUACUAGCGCUACGGCAGGUACUGGAGAAGCACUUGCACAACCUUCCUACUGGAAAUUGCCGUGUGUUUCACCAACACGUGGUGGAGGCGGUGAACCCACUGAAACAGCAGCUUGUUGUGAAACCUAUAAGUGAUAGCAACAAGCCCCUAGAGGGAGCGCGGAGCGCGGUCCACAACGGAGACGACAACCCUUUUAGCAGUAAUGAAGUCGAUAAGCAUGGCAUGCAACAAGGCACCCACAUGGAAACCAGUCUUACACUUCAUCGUGUAAAGUGGGAGAAGAAAUAUGCAAACGAUGCUGUGGAUUACGAUCUACUUGUGUGUGCUGAGGGUGUCAAUUCCCGUCUGCGAGAUCUUGUUGACGUGGAGGGGUUCGCAGCCGACGUGGACUUCGGCGUACGAUGGUUGGUUCUCAGAAGCAGGCACCUGAGUUCUGAGCAUAUUCACCGUUGGUUACACCGGCGGAAAGGCCCAGCACCGCUGCACGAAGUUUGCUCGCCCCAUCAAGUACCUCUUGCCAUAGCUUUCCCACGGAUUCCACAGAACAAAGAGGCACCACCGACUGCCCGUGCUGGUGAUUCAGAAGCUGAUGUUGAGGCAACAAAAAGUUUUGCGCUCAUGUUGUACGCCCCCAUGGAUGACCUGCAGCGGCUUUCGGACCAUGAGGCUCUACGAACGUUCUGCCCUGAUAUUGUGCAGGCAGACGGGUCUUGUAACGCUACUUCUUAUGCCAAGAACGUGGUGCCAUUUCCCACCAUACAUUGUGAAAACUUGUAUAAUGCUGUUGGGCUCCCCUCCGCAGUGGUGGUCGGGGACGCAGCACAUACAUGCAACCCGUUCUGGCUUCAGGGUCUCGCAAUGGGCCUCGAGGACGGUGUAAAUUUGCUUAACCAAGUGGACGCCUAUUCCAAACACUUUUACGAUGCCAUCAAGCAGUACAGCCAAGAGCGCGGUUGCAGCGGCGAUGCUCUACGGUUGAUUACAGACCGUUGCUUGUACUACGAACGCACAAAGCAUAUCAAUCCGUUGGUGCGUUUCCAGGACAGCUACAGGCGCGCCAUGAAUAUAAUACUUCCAAAAAUAAUGAAUGAGUAUUACACCGGCGCCUCUGUCAAUCAACUUUACUCCAAGAGCCUGGAAUCAAUGCUAAACGGCAGGGGCUAUGCUUCGUACGAGUUUGCUGAGAAGCAACAAUCCAAACACAGCGCGUUCCAUCACAUUGGCAGGGUAUAUACGUAG